GCAUUGCGAGACCUGCCGCCCUCCUCUUGAAGACAGCGUCUGAGAAGACUUGCAGGAUCCUAUAUUCUAUUCCACAACCUCCGCCCUCUGGCUGCUCAUAGAUACGGAUAGCUUGGGAGCGGACGGCCAGCUUCGGUGCUCGGCACACUCACCCUCUGCGGCUUCGACCACGGCUCGACGUUGGCCUCGAUAGACAAGAGCACUCACCCAGUCCAUUCUUUUUCGACACACUGAUACAUCCUAAUAUUGACCGACCCCUAAUCGCACGACUGUGCGCACACUCACUCUGGUCGUCGUCCGAGCAAUAUUAUCUAUCUAUCGCCAAUUCAUACGGAUUGAAGCGGGGGAAGCAGACAUAUUGGUUGCUUACAGUCGGAAACAAGGUGAACAAUGAUCUACUCUGCUGUGCACUGUGGCCCAUAUCGUACGUAAGGGUCGCGACGGAGGGCUUGAUCGAUAGUAUGAUAGAGCAACGGCAGCUUCUAUCGCCAAAAGCAGGCUAUCCGUGUCCGGACCCCCGGCGCGGCCGUAUUUGUUGCCUGCGUCCCUGUCCUCCCUCUUUCUCGUCUUCCACGACGUCCACGUCUCUUCCCUUCGCCCCCCGACGCUCCUUGUCCACGACGUAUCAUACCUCCUCCCUAACGAUUUGCACGCUGAUACGACUACGACAUCGACGCCUCUUUACAGGUCGUUUCCCACACCAUACUCUCCCUCCGUGUCGACUUCGCCAUCGCACACACUCCUCCUUCCAAGCAAUCUGCGUCCGACGCCCCACUUUAUUCUCUUUACUUUUCAAUUCACAACACCGCCCUCGACAUGAAAGACGUCACCGUCUCAUCCUCCAAAUCUUCCCGCUCGACCGCCUACCCGAAGAAGCGGCCAUCUCCACAUGGCAUCUACAAGACCCGAAAACAGCAGCAGCAGCUGGCGAGCUCCCCCAACGUCCCUUCCGCCGUCGCCUGUCGUUCACCGCACGCCCUCAAGAUGCAGCGUGAACAACAGCGCCAGCGCGACCAGCUCGUCGCCCACGCCGCUGUCACCCUCUGCCGGGAGGCCCCUCAAAUGGAGGACGAAUACCGGGACGAAAUCCAGAAUUACAUGUACCAAAUGGAGCGCUACACAAUGGGCUCCACCUCGUCUAUGGACCAACAGCCAGAGAUCAAGUGGCAUAUGCGUCCUUGUCUCGUCGAAUUCCUCUUGGAGCUCCACUUCACUUUCCGCCUCCGCCCCGAAACGUUGUACCUCACCCUGAAUGUCCUCGAUCGCUACGUGUCUCGCCGAGUCGUCUACAUCAAGCACUACCAGCUCGUCGGUUGCGCCGCCCUGUGGAUCGCCGCGAAGUUUGAGGAUGCGAAGGACCGGGUUCCAUCCGUCUCCGAGCUCGUGCACUAUUGCCGUAACGAGUACGACGAAUCGGCGUUCAUCCAGAUGGAAGGCCACGUUCUCCAGACCAUCCAGUGGAGUUUGGGCCAUCCCACCGCCGAGGCCUGGUUGCGUAUCUACUGCCGCAGCCCUCGUUCGGAGGAGAUGCAAGUCCAGCACGUCGCCCGCUUUUUGAUGGAAAUUACUCUCUUUUAUCGAGCAUUCAUCAAAUUCCCAGCUUCGUCUAUCGCACUCGGCUCCCUCAUGCUCGCCCGCUUCCUGUGCGGCAAGCCUCGUCGCGUGUUCGAAGAGACCGAGGAGGCCUUUGACGUCGUGGAGGCCCUGGACCUUCAGCUCUCCAAACAUGUGGAGGACCUGUCGGAAAUCCUCGUCAAGAAGUACUCGUACGCGUUCUUCUCAAAGGCCGCGACGCUCGUCGUGCGGUUCUACAUCGAAGGCGGCCAUUUCGUUCGCGCAAAGUCCACCGUGACACCGCUCACGCCGAGCCGGACGAGUAUGUCUGCAUUCGGGACCCCGAUGAGCGCGACGACGACCGCGUCCGACCUUUCAGACGAGAUGCCCCAGACGCCGACCAGUCCUGCGUAUUCGAACGAUUCCUUCACGUGCGCGGCGGAUGACAAGGAAAACGCUUCAAAGACGUUCGAGCCGGUUGUCAACAAGGUCAACGACAACCCGCCGGAGAAGUACUUGCCCCACGAAUUCGUGACCAUCAGUCGUCCGGUCCUCCACCCAUACAACGCUGCCGCAUCUCCACGGUCUUCGAUGGUUGUAUAAUCAUCCAAAAUCACGUUCUUCUCUGUCGGCGGUCUGGACCAUAAUCUCCUUACCUGUCGACCAUCCAUCUCGCAUAACCCUCCCGCAAAAUGUAUCAUCAACACAGACACGCCGUCGUUGAACGCCAAUCAACAGACGCAAUAUUUUUCUCUCUCUCGACUCAUCUGCAAUCUCCAUCAUCCAUGCAUCUCUCUUUUGCACUUUUCUCGGCUCUUUGGCACUCCCUCAUCUAUCAAUUUUCCCCACCUUCUCGAGGGUGGAUCGUUGAACAGGAGUCGAGGCUUCUCGCUGCAGCCGUCGAUAUUGGCGUAUAUUCUGGAGCUCACGUCUGCAAUGUACUUCUAUCGGGCUGCACUCCCUGGCCCCCCUCUUCGUUCAGGGUUUAUCAAUCGCACGCGACUCCCCCUUUUCUUUUCCUCUGCCUUCAUCCAUCUCUCCUCUCUCUCACAUAUGCAAACCUCUCAUUUCUCUUUGGCUCUUAUACAUUCCUCAUAGUCCCUACCGCGAUGUUGAGGUCGACAGUCUUCAUUCUAGUAUCGUCUCGUUUAGUCGCGCACCUGUUAUUUUAUCUUAUUCUUCACUUUACAGUACCUAUUACCCACUUACCCACAUUGUCCUUCAGCUUUCACACCCUUUUUCGUACUCGUCUUUUAUAUCCUCAGUACCCCACUCCCAUCAUCUAUCGUCUCGAACACUCAUACAAUCAUCUCACAUCCUGUCCCAGUCGUUACACAAGCUUUCUGCAUUGUCCAUAUUACCCCCCUUUUUUUACAGCUCAUCCUUUUUGUUGCAACACCCCAUCCUUUUUUCAACUUCAGCUUCAGUACCUACAUUCUUUCGUCGUCGCAUCAACUCUGCCUCUGUUCGUAGGGCCUAUCCAUCCUCCAUC